GGUAUUCACUUAAAGCUGCGUAACUAAGGUUCUGCGUCUUAUUGUCAAAAGAAAUAUUUCAAAUGAAAUAAUUCCUUUUUUGACAGUGAUCGUUGACAAAUGACGAAUUUAUAAUCUAGUUACCCAACCAAUAACGUUUCAAGAAUUUGCUAUCGUUUGGACUCAGUUCAUAGUUUAUAAUAUUUUGUUCAUUUUCGUUCGUGGUACCCAUACACAAUUCUUUCAUGAAGUGCACUCAAAAUUAAAGCUCUAGGAAGUGCUGAAGGUCGUCUGGCGUAAGCUGCCCGAGAAGGAUCGGAACCCUCAGCUGUUCAAGAUGACCAUCUUCGCACCGGACCAGAUCGUGGCCAAGUGCCGUUUCUGGUGCUUCCAGCGGCGGCUGCGUAAGGUCAAGAAGACCACCGGUAAAAUCGUUUCGACCAAGCGCAUCCUGGAGAAGACUCCGUUGCACGAUUCCCGCUCCGAUACGCAUAACAUGUACCGUGAUCUGACUGUUGGUGGUGCUAUUAUUCAGUGCUACAGCGACAAUUCUUCACGUCACCGUACCCGUGCCUAAUAAACCAUCAAUGUCGAAUCAGUGAAAGCCCCCAAGACCCGUCAUGUUCACUUCAAGCAGUUCCACGAUUCGAAAAUUAAUUUCCUGCUGGUACAAGGAAACUAUCACAAAUGCCACCAUAUGCUGUUCUCGUUCCGCCAACCGAAACCAGUAAAGAAAUCAAAGUCGCCGUUUAUUGUGCUUUUAAUUCCACUAUUUUUUCAGGGAGUUAAAAAAUAUGAAGAUCUGUAAUAUAUCUCUUGAAUAAAUGGACUCUAAAAACAUGUAUAGUCAUUUUUAUUUCUAACCAAUCAAAAGUUAUAGCUUAUAUAGAACAUGAAUAAUUCGUUUUAUGUGGUUCGUAAUCCGCGAUGGGAUACUCAAUAAUUCUGAAUUACAGAAAAUCUUUCCUAGUAGCAGCUAUUCCGAUAGCUUUGAACAUAUGGAGAAAAUUCUCUAUCAAAUGGUCUGACUGCGUUCAAUGCUUAAAAUAUUAACCAUAUAACCUGAGAAAUAAAUGUCAUU